AUGGACGGCGACGAUUCAAGUAGCCAAUUAUCGGGGUCCGGGAAGCAGAGGAAGAUCCGCAAAACACCGGUGCAGCUGGAGAGAUUGGAAGAGGUCUUCGCUGUGCACAAGUACCCGUCGGACGACCUGCGCGCGUCGCUGUGCGCGGAGCUGGCGCUCACGGACCGCCAGCUGCAGAUGUGGUUCUCGCACCGCCGCCGCAAGGACCGCAUCCUCGAGAACUCCGUCGCCGCCUCCGCCUCCGCCGUGCCCAAGCCGCCCGCCACCGCAUUCCCGCGCACCGCCGGCCCGCUGGGCCAAGGCCUCGCACGACCUGGCCUCACCACCCCUUUCUCCAUCACCGCCGCCGCCGCCGCCGCCGCCGGCGGUGGUGGAUCCGACGCAGCGGAGUCACUGGCGGCGCCUAGGAUGGGCGGCGAUGUGAAUGCGGAGGAGGGGGCAGAGCAGCCUGGGGGCAGUUCGCGCGUGAGCAGCCCCCUUGCGGGACGCGCGCUCUCCACGGACGCAGCCCCCGGCGCGGCGGCGCGUGCGGGCGUGUUCCGCAUCCCCGCCCUCCCCGCUAAAACUCUCCCCGCCCCCCCUGGCGCGUCUCCCGUCCUCUUUGGCCGCCCCCUCGCCCCCGCGCCUGUACCCGCCACGCCCCUCCCGCCUGUCCCUGCGGAUUCUGCCGAUGCGUGUGGCAGGGGGGGCGAGGGGAGGGCGGGGGAGGGGUACGUGUGGUGGAACGCGGGGGGCGUGCGGAAGCUGUCAGUGGUGGGCGCGGGCAGGGCGCAGAGGGAGGGGGGGGGCGCGGGGAUGUCAGGGCUGAUGGCGCACGAGGAGCUGGAGGAGCAGCACGACGCCAGGGCUGGGGGCGCUGGCGCGGGCCUCGCCUGCUCUGGCGCUCGUGGCGCUGGUCACGCCAGUGCUGCCGUGAGUGGCGCUGCUGCUGCUGGAGGUGCAGUGUUGGGUGCCGGCUUGGUUGGUCCUGGUGCAGCGGGUUCUGGUGCUGUGGCGUGCGCACGCACCACACCCCGGAUCCCUGGGAGUGGCAGGGAGGGCACAGGGGGCGCAAUGGGGAGGGGUGUGCAGGGCGCACAAGGCGCAGGGGGGGCGGUAGGCAGAUUAGGGGCAGAAGGGGGUGCGCGGAAGGGUGUGGAGGAGCAAGGGGCGCCGUCUGACGCAUACCCUCCUGCAAGCAGUGCGCCAGGUGGCGUUGCCAACGGCCAAUCAGCAGAUGCCAGCUCAGCGGCAUGGCAGAGUGAGCAGAGCAGCUGGAGAAGGCAGGAUGGGAGCAUGGAGUGGGCGGCAGGCGGCGAGGAGGAGGAGGGGGAGGACGAGGACGAGGAGGCGGUGGAGAGGGUGAGGAGGGGCAUGGGAGGCGAGUACCGGUGGGAAGGGCCGCCACUAAGUGCUGCCUUUGACCCCGUGCCCGCCCUGCGCUUCAACCUCGCUGUUGUGCGCAAGGCGAGGGUGGGUCCAGGCACGGCCCAGCCACAACAGGGGGCAGGCGAGGGCAGUGAGGGGAAGGGGAUGGGGGGACAGGGCAGGGAGGGACAGACUGGAGAGGGGCUGCAUGGGGCAGCUGAGGUGAGGGCAAGGCCUUGUUCACGUGCCUCGCUGUUGCUCUCAUGCCUCGCUCUUGCUCUCAUGCCUCGCUCUUGCUCUCAUGCCUCGCUCUUGCUCUCAUGCCUCGCUCUUGCUCUCAUGCCUCGCUCUUGCUCUCAUGCCUCGCUCUUGCUCUCAUGCCUCGCUCUUGCUCUCAUGCCUCCCUGCUGCUCUCAUGCCUCGCUCUUGCUCUCAUGCCUCCCUGCUGCUCUCAUGCCUCCCUGCUGCUCUCAUGCCUCCCUGCUGCUCUCAUGCCUCCCUGCUGCUCUCAUGCCUCCCUGCUGCUCUCAUGCCUCCCUGUUGCUCUCAUGCCUCCCUGCUGCUCCUCUCUCCUGCCUCUCAUCGCAUCUGCCGCCUAGCCAGCACUGCCUUCCCACCUUCUCCAUGUCAUGCUGUAUCCCGUCCUGGCCUUCUCCUUCAUGUCAUGCCUGCUCCUUCAUGUCAUGCCUGCUCCUUCAUGUCAUGCCUGCUCCUUCAUGUCAUGCCUGCUCCUUCAUGUCAUGCCUGCUCCUUCAUGUCAUGCCUGCUCCUUGGCCCCUGGGCGCGCCGUCCUUGCUUUCCAACCACGGCCCCAUUGGUUGCGCCCCCCCUGUCCCCCCGCAGGCGUCCACGAUCACUGCCACCCGCCCUCCCCUGCACGUGCUGGGGCCGUCACACGCGCUCCCCACCUCUGCCGCUGCCAAUGGGGCGCUGCACGGUGCCACACCUGCCGCACCUGCCACGCCCGCUCCAGCUGCUGCCGCUGCUAACGGGGCUCCGCACCCUUCCACAGCUGGCAGCGCUGCGGCUGAUAGUCGGGUCGCCGGUGCUGCAGGCAGGGAGGGGCGGAUGAAGCAGGAGGAGCAAGAGGAGGGGCACGAGCAGGAGGAGGAGGCGAUGGUAGAGGAGAAGGGCAGUGGGGAGGAGGGGACGGACCUGCUGCACCUGCUCACUGCUGCUGCCUCGGGGUCGCCGGGCUUUGGUGCUGGGGGAGGGAAGGGUGCGAUGAAUGGCAUUGGGGAGAAGGGCAGAGGAGGAGCGGGUGGGAGCAUGGUGGUUUGCGGGAGUAGAGGCGUGGAGAAGGGGGGACAGGCGAGUGGACGCGAAUGCGGAGUGAGGAAUCAGGGAACAGGUGUGGAGAACGGUGGUAUGAGAUUAGUCGGUAGGUUAGAGGGUGAGGUUGAAGGGUUGUGGGAAGGGAAGAAGGGCGGGGGGAUGGGAGUGGGGGGUAGGGAUGUUGAACCGACAGAGGAAGAAGAGGAGGAAGAGGAGGAGGAGGACGAGGAGGAAGAGGAGGAUGAGGGGGAGGAGGAGGAGGAAGGGGAGGAGGCUUGGCAUGAGGAGUCACGGCAAUGCAGGGAGAGAGGAAGCGAGGAGAGGCCUGGGAACAAGAGGCGACGGGGAGCAGCUGGCAUUGAUGGCGGUGUUGGGGUGGUACAAGGGACCAUGGGGGGUGGUGAGGAGGAGGCGGAGGGGUCACAGCGAGGCGAGUCGGCAGGGGACGGGGCGAAGCAGAGCGGCACAAAGAGGAAGAAGCAGGGGGAGGAGGGGCGGGUGCGCAAGGAGCAGCAGCAGCAGGAGAAGCGCGUGAGGCGCGAGGCGGAGAGGCAGGAGACGGCCCAUCGCAAGAUGCAGGAGGCGGCACGGCGGGCAGAGGAGCGGCGGCGGCGGGAGGAGGAGAGGGAGGAGCGGGAGAGGCACAAGGAGCAAGCGAGGGAGGCGAGGGAGCGGCAGCGCGAGGAGGAGAGGGAGGCGCGGGAGCGGGAGAAGGAGCGAGAGAGGAUGGUUCGGGAGAAGAAGCGGGAGGAGGAGCGGCAGGCGCGCGAGCAAAUGAAGGAGAGCAUUCAGGUGAGCUGCGUGCCUCUUGUGCGCCGUGCCCGCUCAGCUGAGCGGCACCCCCCGCGCCACCUCCUCAUUGUGUCUGUGUCGCCCAUCGAUUCUGCCUUGCACCUUCACUCACUUCCCCUUUCACUUGCUGGGGGUGGGGAAGCGGCACGGCAGCGGUGGCAAGCAGCGAGGGCGAGAAGGAGACAAGUGGCGCAGGCACUGUGCAGGCACUGUGCAUUUGCCCUUUUUUCACCCUCCCUCCGCUCCUGUGUGCCUUCCUCCCCACGCAGACACCCCCCACGUUCACCCCGCCCCUCUCUCCACUCCCCUUCCACCGGACCCUCACUCUCUAUUAUCCCGCCCGCCCUCCUCAACGCAGGUGGCGAGGCGGCAACGGCGGGAGGAGCAGAGGCGGGCGCGGGAGGCGGCGAGGGAGCGAGUGCAGGCGGAGAGGGCCAAGGCGCGGCAGGCAGCGCGCGCAGCCCUGCAGCUGGUGGACGACCGGCAGCUGGAACUGCAGCUGGCUGCUGGCGCGCUCAGGGGCGGAGAGGGCGAGUGUGA